GUGACGUCACUCGCAAGGCUUUUAGAAACUUGCCUGCCAUACGUCACUCGCAGGACAACUGGCUCAAAAAUACUUCGGUCUGCAGCGCAUGGAGCUGUUACAAGCUGGACUAUGCAAAAUAACGCAUUUUCAUCGCACAUUCCCGUUUGAAACGCCAUCUUUGCAUGCCUAGAGAAGUAUGAAGCGCAAGAGCGAGCGACGGAGCGAGUCGAGGAAAAGACUCUGCGCUUCUCUGAGCGGCCAGACGGAGUCCAAGAGCGAGAUUUACGUUCAUAUCACAGAUCAGCUGUAUUUUGCUCUUCUUCAUCAGAAGGUGAAGAGCUCUCCUGACAGACACUGUUUCUGCAUAGAUGAAGAGCUCUCCUAUGAGAACUUCUAUGCGGACUUUGGCCCGCUCAACCUGGCCAUGUUUUAUCGCUUCUGCUGCAAGCUGAACAAGAAGCUGAAGUCUUGUGUUCAUGCAAAGAAGAAAAUUGUGUUUUAUACCUGUGGGGACAGAAAAAAACAAGCCAAUGCUGCGUAUUUGAUCGGCUCUUAUGCUGUAAUGCAUCUACAGAAAACACCAGAAGAAGCGUACAGCCUUCUUGUCUCUCAAAAUGCAUCGUAUCUUCCUUUUCGAGAUGCGUCUUUUGGAACUUGCAUGUACAAUCUGAAUAUUCUCGACUGUCUACUUGGCGUUCACAAGGCUCUGCAGUUCGGCUGGCUGGAUUUCUCCCAGUUUAAUGUGGAGGAAUAUGAGCAUUAUGAGCGGGCAGAAAAUGGAGAUUUUAACUGGAUCAUUCCAGGGAAGUUUUUGGCUUUCAGCGGCCCUCAUCCAAAGAGUAAAAUUGAGAAUGGAUACCCUCUUCAUGCCCCUGAGGCGUAUUUCCCGUACUUCAGGAAGCACAACAUCACCAACAUCAUCCGGCUCAACAAGAAAAUGUACGACGCCAAGCGUUUCACAGACAUGGGCUUCAAACACCACGACCUGUUCUUUGUGGAUGGAAGUACGCCUAAUGAUGCCAUCGUCACCAAGUUCCUGAACAUCUGCGAGAGCGCUGACGGCGCCAUCGCGGUCCACUGUAAAGCGGGUCUGGGCCGAACGGGGACUCUGAUUGGCUGUUACAUGAUGAAGCACUUCAGACUGACUGCAGCCGAAGCCAUCGCAUGGAUCAGGAUCUGCAGACCCGGAUCAGUCAUUGGACCGCAACAGAACUUUGUUGAAGAAAAGCAGUCGAGCCUCUGGGCAGAGGGUGAUCUGUACCGUCAAAACGUGAGUGUAAAUGAGCAGGAAAACGGCUCGAGUAAAACGGCAGUGGCUGGAAUCCUGUCCGGAGUAGAAGAUAUUUCCAUCAAUGGCACAAACAAGAACAUUUCACAGAGGAGAACAGGCUCUGAAACGCACACUGAGGAAGAUGAAGAGGAGUGUGGCGGUCUCACGCAGGGCGAUAAACUACGAGCUCUGAAGAGUAAGAGGCAGUCCAGAGCGUCCACGGGCUCACUAUCGCUGGAGGAAAAUACAAUUCACACCAAAUCAACAUCAAAGUCAUUAAGCUCGGCCCAGCGGAAGAGAACCCGCGCGUCGCUCGGCUCCAUCAGCACCAGUGGCCCUUUACAUUCAAGGCUCGCUAGAUCUUUAGGCAGCUUGCACGUAACGGCCUGUGAAACGGACGGCGUUAGCGCUGGCUCUAUGGCCACCAGUAGUUUCAUCCAGCAGUCGAACUUAGCGCACUUAAAGCCGCACAGGAGGACUUACUCUGGCAUGAGUUCCCUGAGCGCAACGAUCUCUGUCCGGAAGAAGGAGAGUGCUUCACGCAAUGCCAUCGGUGCGCUUUCAGAGGCCAUGUAACUCCAUGUCCAACGCUCGAGCGCCUCUCCUCCGCUGAACCAUCGCCUGCGCUGAUGUCAUCACGCCAGCUUCACGUCUUCAUGGGUCUCUGGGCUCGUCUGAGUGAUCUACUACCAACAGGGAAUCUGUGUUCAUUGAAAAAUCAGCAUUUUUAGUUUAUAAAGUGUAAAAAAAUCUUCUUCUUUUUUUUUUAUCAGAGAAAGCUUUAAGCAUCUGUGAAGUUAGACGUUUUAUCCCGUUGUAAAUAUCAUGAGUGUCAGACGCUGCCUUUGUUAAUUAUGCAUUACUAAUAUCGUUUUUAAUACUGUAUCUAGUACUUUAUUAAUUCUAGUACUUUGUUAACUGUAA